AUGAGCGAAACCAAGAAACGUGGCAAGUACGGCAGACCCUGUGACUUGUGCUCCUCAAGAAGAGUCCGGUGUGUUUUCCCCGAAGGCUCUGAACGGUGCCAGAGCUGUAUCAACCAAAAUACACAAUGCACACAAAACAGAAUUCGAAAGAAGUCCGGGCCAAAGGCAAGAAGGGUUCCAGAGGAUUCGCCUCAAUCGUUGCUCUACACGCCUUUGGCGGAUACUCGGUUGGACUUUACCACUCCGAGACCGAUUCCUAUGGACGAGUCUUAUACUGAGAGAAUGGACCCCUAUAUGGCCAGAAUAUCUCUAGAUAAAUUGAUUGCGUAUCUUCAGGUCUAUCAAACGUGGUUUUACGGCUACUGGCCGGUGCUCUCGGUGGCAGAGAUCAUCUCGAAAAUCACGAACUCCAAUCUGAUGAGUGAAUCCAUACACUCGAUCAGAUUGACAGAAAGAAACGUCUUUUACUACAGUCUAGCGUGCUCCGUUUGUGCUGCUAUAGCCACUCAAAUGACCUUUGUUUCGGUGAAAGAUAGACUCGUCAAUGAUGCCUUCAGCUGUCUGGACACAGAGUACGCCGACGAGGCCAAACGGGCUAGGAACUUGUUUGAUUACACAAGUAAUCCAAACGUCGAGACUCUUCUCUCAUCCUUCUUCCUCUACGCUCAUUACACGAAUCGCGAGGGCAAAACUAACCAGGCGAUCAUACACUUGAGGGAAGCCAUAUCGGUGUCCCAGCUCUUGGGAUUUCACAACCAAGCCACCUACCAAAACAAGUCGGUGGCAGAAAAACAUCGUUGGCAAAAAAUCUAUUAUACCUUGCUUGUCACUGAACGGUUUGUAUCAUUCGAGGACGCAAUGCCUGUUAUUCUUGAUCCAACGAUUGCAUUACCGCUGCUUGAAAAUGAGGAGUAUCCGAGUCUAUUGGUCGGGUUCAUUGAGCUUGUCAAGGUCUUUUCCGUUCCUCAUAAGCACAUUUUUGAAGAAGUUCAUAUGAAAGGCGGCAACCAAAACAUCAAGGCAUUCAGAGACUAUCUCCAAAAUCACGACAAUGCCCAAAAAACCAGGUGUAUUCUUGAAGUCCAAUCACAGCUCGACCAACCCCUAGACCAAACAACGAAGGCGUCUGAUUCGCAAAAGCUCAACAUUUACCUUUCUCGUUCUUGGAUCCAAGCAAUUGCCUGGCAUAUCACAUUUGAAAACGGACUACUCACAUAUUCGUCGGAACAAUCAACCAACUGCCUAGCAAAGGAUUUUCCCAUAAAAAUAGCCAGGGAUUUCUUAGCGUCAACAAAGGACCUUCCUGCUGUGGCAUUCGAGGCGAAUGGCCCCGGAGUGUGCAUCAAGCUACUCGAAAUAGCCAACUCGCUUGUAUUUGCCGUGCCAGGUUCGUAUAGCAAAUCGAUUUUGGCGGAUAGUCUAAAUUCGAUCUUUAUGCUUGCAAAUCAAUUCAAAAAUCAUAUUACGCUACCAAUGGAUGUUUACCACAAGGUGGUCGGAAAAAUCUCUUCAUUCUCCACCCAUGUUGAAAGACCCUUGUCCCUCGAAUCUCCGGCUACAGCUGCCAUUCAAGAAUUGUUUGACGAAGAUGACAUAGAAGAACAAAGCGGCUCCUGUCUCGGAAGCUCAGAACUUCUGCCCACAGACAGAAAUCCCUCAUUUACGCAGCUUUACAAGCAACUGGGCGCAGCAUAUCCUCAGGCGAUGGUGAACGCCUUGAGUGGUAAUUCAAGCCAGGACGAAAAUGCCGUCUUGGCGAACAACGAUCUAUUCGAAAGCUCCCCUUCAUUAUCACAUUUCAUGCACCCUCCAUGA